GGUAGCCAUCAUCGCUAAUCUUCUCCGUGUAUAAAUACUAUAAUAUUUGAGCCACUUUCUACUUAGUGUUAGCCUUUCAUUAUGUUAAAAACAUAAAACGGUAAGAUGAACAUGGAACCAACUGCCAACGGUGGCACUUCAAACCGCGUCGUUAGAUAAUCUUUUUCAUGUAAUGAAAUUACCAACGCCUUCCACUAACGCCCGCCAUCUUGAAACCGAGCUCGACCAACCUCCGGAGAUUGGUACAACUCGGUCGGACUACGGUUCGGACUAAAUCACGUUCGGGUGCAUCUAGUCCCGACAUAGUCAAGAAAUCGUGCCACCCGAAGGCAGCCUAGGGUGAACGUGAUGGACGGUGUUGGUGCGAGGGUAGUCCGUGGCCCGGACUGGAAGUGGGGCAAGCAGGAUGGUGGUGAAGGCCACGUCGGCACAGUUCGUAAUUUCGAAUCGCCAGAGGAAGUUGUUGUUGUUUGGGACAACGGCACAGCAGCUAAUUACAGGUGUGCAGGUGCGUAUGACCUUCGCAUCUUGGACAGUGCGCCUACAGGUAUCAAACAUGAUGGCACGAUGUGUGACACGUGUAGAAUGCAGCCGAUCUACGGUCUCCGCUGGAAGUGCGCCGAGUGCACCAACUACGACCUCUGCUCCGCAUGUUACCAUGGCGACAAGCACCACCUGCGCCACCGCUUUUUCCGCAUCAACGCGCCGGGUACCGAUAGGGCGCUGCUCGAACCGCGCCGGAAGAGCAAGAAGAUUGCGAUACGGGGAAUCUUUCCCGGUGCGCGCGUCGUGCGCGGCGUCGACUGGCAGUGGGAAGACCAGGACGGGGGCAACGGCCGGCGCGGCAAGGUCACCGAGAUCCAGGACUGGAGCGCGGCGAGUCCACGCAGCGCCGCCUAUGUCAUCUGGGACAACGGCGCGAAGAACCUCUACCGCGUCGGCUUCGAGGGCAUGUCCGACCUGAAGGUCGUCAACGACGCCAAGGGCGGCUCGGUCUAUCGCGACCACCUGCCCCUCCUUGGCGAGCAGGGCUCGGGCCGGUCAGGACCAAACGGCUUGCAGAUCGGCGACCAGGUGAACGUUGACCUGGACCUGGAGAUCGUGCAGUCACUGCAGCACGGCCACGGCGGCUGGACGGACGGCAUGUUCGAGACGCUCGGAACGACGGGCACGGUCGUCGGCAUCGACGAGGACCACGACAUCGUCGUCGCUUACCCGAGCGGCAACCGCUGGACGUUCAACCCCGCCGUGCUCACCAAGGUGUGCACGGGCGCGACGAACAUCAACGAGAACACGGCUGCGCGGCAGGAGUUUGCCGUCGGCGACCUCGUGCAGAUCUGCAGCGACGGCGAGCGCAUCAAGAUGCUGCAGCGUGGCCACGGCGAGUGGGCCGAGGCGAUGAUGCCGACGCUCGGCAAGAUCGGCCGCGUGCAGCAGAUCUACCACGACGGCGACCUCAAGGUGGAGGUGAGCGGCACGUCGUGGACGUACAACCCGGCCGCGGUGACGAAGGUCGCGUCGGACGGCGUCGCGCCGGGCACAUCGAGCGGCGAGCGGCUCAGCGCGCUGCUCAAGAAGCUCUUCGAGACGCACGUGUCGGGAGACAUCCACGAGGAGCUCGUGAAGGCGGCCGCGAACGGCGAUGCGCAGAAGGUCGAGGAGCUGCUCUCGCGGCCCGACGCCGACGUGAACGGCAUCUUUGCCGGCCACACGGCGCUGCAGGCGGCGAGCCAGAACGGACACGCCGAGGUCGUGAAGGUGCUCAUCCGGCACACGUGCGACUUUGAGAUCGAGGACAAGGACGGCGACCAGUCGGUGCACCACGCGGCGUUCGGCGACGAGCAGGGCGUCAUCGAGCUGCUCGCGCGCGGCAACGCCGACCUGAACGCGCGCAACAAGCGUCGCCAGACGGCGCUGCACAUCGCCGUCAACAAGGGUCACGCGAGCGUCUGCAAGACGCUGAUGGAGCUCGGCUGCCACCCGAGCCUGCAGGACUCUGAGGGCGACACGCCGCUGCACGAUGCCAUCAGCAAGAAGCGCGACGACAUGGUCGCCAUCCUGCUCGACCACGGCGCCGACGUCGCGAUCGCGAACAACAACGGCUUCAACGCGCUGCACCACGCGGCGCUGCGCGGCAACCCGGGCGCGAUGCGCAUCCUGCUGUCGAAGCUGCCGCGGCCGUGGGUCGUCGACGAGAAGAAGGACGACGGCUACACGGCGCUGCACCUCGCCGCGCUCAACAACCACCUCGAGGUCGCAGAGCUGCUCGUGCAGCAGGGCAAGGCCAACCUCGACCUGCAGAACUGCAACCUGCAGACGCCGCUGCAUCUCGCCGUCGAGCGGCAGCACACGCAGAUCGUACGGCUGCUGGUGAGAGAGAAGUGCAACCUGAAUAUUCCCGAUAAAGAUGGUGACACACCGCUCCACGAAGCCCUGCGUCAUCACACCCUGUCACAGCUCAGACAGCUGCAGGACAUGCAGGACGUCGGCAAGCUGCUGAUGGGUCUCGGCACGCAGGGCUCGGAGAAGAAGAGCAGUGCGUCGAUCGCCUGCUUCCUGGCGGCCAACGGCGCCGACCUCGGCAUCAAGAACAAGAAGGGUCAGACGCCGCUCGACCUCUGCCCCGACCCGAACCUGACGAAGGCGCUUGCCAAGUGCCACAAGGACAAGACGAGUCCGGCGAUGACGCCGUCGAACGCUGCGAACAUCCGCAACGACCAGGAGAGCCUCGAGGAGUGCAUGGUCUGCUCGGACAUGAAGCGCGACACAAUCUUCGGGCCGUGCGGCCACAUCGCGACGUGCAGCCUCUGCUCGCCGCGCGUCAAGAAGUGCCUCAUGUGCAAGGAGCCCGUGCAGUCGCGCACGAAGAUUGAGGAGUGCGUCGUCUGCUCCGACAAGAAGGCGUCGGUGCUCUUCCACCCGUGCGCGCACAUGUGCGCGUGCGACGGCUGCGCAAACCUCAUGAAGAAGUGCGUGCAGUGCCGCUCGGCGAUCGACAAAACGAUCCCGUUCAUCGUCUGCUGCGGCGGCACACCGCCGGCGCCUCCGCAGGCGGUCGGCGCGGGCCUGAUGAACAACGGCGCGCGCGACUCGACGCAGCAGGACAUCGCGAAGCUGCAGCAGCAGCUGCACGACAUCAAGGAGCAGACGAUGUGUCCCGUAUGCCUCGACCGUCUGAAGAACAUGAUCUUCCUGUGCGGCCACGGCAUGUGCCAGAUGUGCGGCGACCGCAUGAACGAAUGUCCCAUCUGCAGGAAGACGGUUGAGAAGAGGAUACUGCUCUACUAGGCAGCAGCUGGCGGCGGCGGAAGCGGGCGGACUGCCUCGCUCGUGACGUCGGAAGGUGUUCCCUGGCCAAGCGGAAAUGGGACUAAUCGUAUUAGGCGAGCUAUGGCGACCUACUCCGAAGGUGUGCACUAAAAGUGGGGUCGCCCGUAGUUGCAUGUGUAGCGCUUCAUCUCUCAGUAGUAUUGCGAAUCGGAGUGACGUGGUCAUUCUCGCGGGGGUGUGUGGUUGUAGUAAUGAGCUAUCUUUAACCGGUGCCUAUGUUGAACCUGCUAUGUUUGCUGCUCUCUCCGCUGGAUGACUCGGACUCGGACGUAGGAACUGUGAUACGUUGCGUGUGCGGCGUUCUCGACGCUCUCACCUAGCAUUGUCUGUAAUGAACUGCGUCGAAAGUGUCUCUAUUACCUGUGUCAUGCAGUAGUGAGGUUACGAUUCUUUGCGUGUACGUAUAGGCGCUUUUCCACCGAGUUACUUGCUUCUGCAGUGUAGAAUCUGUGUACUGAUUGCUCCGUACGUCCGGAGUAGAAUGUGAGUGACGGUAUGAUGAAGUCAAGUGUCUAAGCGGUACGGCCGUACGCAGGGAGGAGGAAUAAGGAGCAGCUCUGUGUUUGUGAAAGAAUAAAGUGAGUUUGGCAGGUAUAGUGACACUAGUCACCCUGCAAGACUGUAAAGCCAUGUCAAAGCUACUAUCAGCUCACGUUGGUAACCAGAUCCCGAAGUGAAAUUGUGUUUUUAUGCAGCAAUACGCUUUUGUUAUUACAUCGGGGGCAUGUACGGUCAGCUAUUGUAAAUAUCACGUUCGUCUCAGUUCCCUUAGAUGAUAAAUAUAGCGACUCUCUUUCAAGUGAUGAGAUUGUGUGUAUUCUGUUCUGUAAGCAUCAUGUGCGUGUGCUGUGGUGGGAACAAUCGCCAUCUCUUGUAGAGGAAAUGCCAUACAUGCGACGAGUUUGUUAGUGUAUAUCAUCAUUAUUAUAUUGUCACUAAUUAUACAUAAUAAUAU